AUGUCGCUUAAUGAAGAUGAGAUUGAACAAUAUCUAAGUCAACCACAGACAAUUACUGAGUUCAUCUAUGUAAUUCUGACAUCAUUAGAAAAAAUAGUGAGUCGAGUAAAUGAUCUUGAUAAACACACUGAAGACUUAUUCGGAAAAUUAGAUAAAGAGAUUCAUAGCAUCUCCUUUAAACUUCAGAAUUUACAAGAAAAUGUAAUUCAGCUAACUGAUGCUAUUGCUCACAAAGUUCCAAAUGAAGUGUUAUCCAUGGAAGUGUGGAAGUCAAGGAAGACACUUCCAAAUAUAACUAUUGAAACCCAACAAGUUUACUCCUGUACAUCAUUACCUGUUACCAUCUUUGAAAGAAACGAUGCUAAUACAACAAUGCCACUUCUUACAUUACCUUCAUACUACCAAAAUGACAUGGAAGAUUCAAGUUCUUCUGACGAUUCAUUCCACUCAUGUUUAUAUUCCAAAUUUGUACAAGAAAUUGUACCUGAGAAUAAAGAACAAGCAAGCAAGAAAUACAUACAGGAGAAUCUAGACCAUGAUAGUGGAACAAAAAAUAGGCUACAGUGUCAACUGGUGAAAGAACAUGUCUCUGUGGAUCAUAUUCCAGCCUCUGGUUGUGCAGUAUCUUAUUCAUAUUUAGAUCAAUCUGAAGGUGGCUCUUCGUUAUACAUUUUUCCUCUGAAUAAAAGCAAGCCUCAAGAAAAAUCUGCAGCGAACAACUUACCUGGUGAGCAAGAACAUCUAUAUUACAACAUCGAGCAUAUGAGCCAUUCACGUCCUCGUGUCCUUUAUGGAACUGGUAAGGGGGGCGUGAUGCUCAGCCAGACACCAUCGCUAAUUCAUUGCAAAAGAAAGGUAUUUGUCAACCCUCUCGCACCAGAAGCACCACCAUUGCCUUCUGAUUGGCUGAUCCAACUUGCCAGUUCUAAGAGACCAUCUGCUCCUAGAAUUGUUAGCUCACUAAGCUCACCAAUAACAUCUUCAUUUGUUGUUUUGGAAACUACAACAUCUGCUUGCUUAAAGACCACUUCUAAAAUACAUCUAAAGAUGCCACCUGAAUUCACUUUAACACCAGCAUCUCAUGAAUGUUUGGAACUGCAACCGGAUGGUCUAAGUCCACAGAGUCAAGAUCAGAUCAUCACUUCACUUAUAUCUCCUUCAGUAAUUGCGUUAAGUAAGUCAUGGGAUUCGGCUUUGGAUCUCAUUGACUCUGCUUUAGCCGUACAAUCAAAAUAUUCCAUUUGUCAACCCAUGAAGUCUUUUCCAAAGUCACCAAAAUCAUUACCAGCAUCUGCAGUAAAAUCAAGAUCUACAAGUGGACCACUGCCACAAAACCAAGUCUCAAAUAUAUCAGGUUCUUCGAGUGCCCAAUUACCAGGAUCUUCCAGGGUACCACGCUCUGUUUCAGUACCUUCCUCAUCAAGCCAAAAAACACAGAUGUCUUCAAAUUUGUCACCGUCACCAAAACGUUCAGUGAGCCACUUAACAAAACUUAUUGAAGCACAGUCAAGAUUACACAUGACAAAUUCAAAAGGACAUUUGUAUUCACCACCAUUGAAGUUAUCAUGUUUAACUUCAACAAAAGUUACCACACUACAGUCAUCAUUGUCUUUAAUGAAAUCAACAUCUGCUUCAAGCCAUAGAUCUUUUGCAAUAACUAAGCAUGUAAAUCCAAAUCCUGAGAACCAAAAUCCUUCAUCAGUCUUACCAAUAAUGAGCAAAGCAAGGAAAUCAUUGAUGGAAGCCAUAAGAGCAGGUGUUCAACUACGCAAAAUUCCAAAAAACAGACCAAGAGCUGAGUUACCUGAAAAGGAAGCAGAUAUGAUCCGGGAUCGUCGUAUAGCAAUGGGGUACAAUUCAGGAAAAUCAGACAGCGAGAGUGAAUGGGCUUAA